CGCGCACCCAACUGACAAGAGCCACGACAACAUCAAGUGGUCGCCAGUUGACCUGUCACCUCGACACAGAAACAUGCGCUGUCUACCAAGGUUACGGGCCCCAGGGCCAUCGGGCUUUGUCUCGUCGCCAAUACCCACAGGUUCUCUCCGCGCGGCGGUCACAGCAACCUUCGCAGCAGCCUCACUCCUCCCGCAGACGACUCCCAGGUUGAACAACAACAAUGGCCCGACGCAGACCCGCCGCUACCUCUCAACCACGCCAAUGCGCCCGUCCCAGUCCCAUCCCCAGGGCCAAGUGCAGUCCCAGCAAUUCGAACCCGCCGCCGAAGAAUUCGAAGAAGUCCCAGAAGAAUACUACGCCCCGGAAUCGGCCGACAUCCAAACACGACUAGUCUACCCACACGGCAUCACCACAGCCCCGCCGGUCUCUGACGUGACUGACCCGGCCUAUACGCCGGCCGAAACCGCCGACGGCCUCGAGGAAGUGGGCGGCCUCGCCGACUGGUGGGACGAGCCCACACACUGGGGCAGCGAAGGCGGCGCGGCGCAGUUUGUGCAGUCGGUCGUCAGCCCAUUUGGCCCGACACAGAAAGUCACGGACCGGGCGAUGCUCGAGGUGCUGGCCAAGCGGGCGAUCGUGGAGGCGCUUGUCGUGGCGCGGUUCGCGAGCGGCGCUGGCCGGAUGAGCAAGAAGGUGGACAGGUUGUUUGCUGCGCAGGCCGGUGACAUGGAACAGCUGGGCAAAAUUGCGCAGGUCGAGAUUGUGCCAGGCGAGGAUGGCGCUGCGACGCUCAAGGAUAAAAAGGAUUGGGGGAUGGUGUGGGGCCUGCUCAACUCGGCCGGGAAGAAAGCCAGGCGGCCGCAGCAGCAGGGACAGGAGGUCUCAGAAGAGGGAUCCACGACGGUUGACGCGGAAACUUCUCAGGAGAGUGCGAUGCCAAAGGCUGAAGUGAAGGAGGUUGCGACCGCGGCUCAGCUCACUCUGCAGGCGGCCGAGAGCUUGAUCGGCGGUUGGGAUAAGGCGUGGAAGAAGGCAGAGCUGCGGGAUCCCGUGGUCAAGUUCUUUGCUGCCAAGCGGAUCCAGCAGCUGACAGGACACCGCAUCCCGGACGGCAAGCUGCUCGCCAUCGGCAGCAUUGACAGCCUGCUCAAGCAGCUCGUCGAACCGCCCAAGCCCAAGAAGCUGGCCGAGCUGAUCGAGACCCAGGGCGUCUUCCAGGAGCUGCCCAAUGUCCGCGUCUUCCCCAGGAGGGUCACGCCCAUCGACAAGGAGAAGAUGGUCGGUCGCUGGAAGAUAAUUGUCAAGGAGCUCGAAAAGCGCGAGCUGCCCGUCAUCGGCACCGGCGACUACGGCCCGCCGGUCGAGAAGAGGUGGAUCGAGGGGAAAGCGGUGACAGCUCUCCUUAUCAGUCGCCACGGCGAUUUGAGUGAGCGUACUGCCAGGUUGAGUGAGGUCCUUGCUGGGAUUCAAGACGAGGGCGUCGAGGGCUUGGCCGCUAUUGCUGAGAAGCUUGCCGACGGAGCAAGAGACGCAUCCUUGCGGCUGCCCCUUGGAGAUUCAGGCCUCCUGGACCAUGUCCUGGCUGCUGUGCCCGUCCAGGAACCCAACCAUCCCCUAAAUAAGCAGGCUCUUCGCCUGGUUGGCAAUGCGUGCGCAGAUUGCGAUGAAAACAGGGCUAGGGUGGUCAACUCUGGUAAAUUGCCCGGCUUCAUCAUGGGCAUCAUCGAGCACCCGGAGCAGGACGCGCUGCUCCCCUUUGCUAUUGGUGCAGCACUCAAUGUGUGCGUCGACUACAAUUCUGAGCCCAGGAUCGCCAACCCCAACACCCCUGAGCUCCUCAUGGACCUAGCCACCAGCGAGCGGUAUAAUGCUGACCUGGACUCGUUCAUGGAGAUCUGCACACCAGCAUUGGCCUACCUCACCUUUCAAGGCUUUCAGCCAGUAUUCCUGGAGAAUGGCGGCAUCCAAGUGCUGCAGAAGGCGUUUCACCAGUUGUACACCCGAUUUGAUACGGCGGACGCCGACCUUGACACAACCAGCCAGCUCAAGCAGACCCUGAUAGACUGGUUGGGAUCGUCACCACCUCUCUCUCAGCUCCAAACUGCAGCAUGCCUCUCCCUCGGCAAUCUCGGCCGCUCCGACGAGUUAAGCACCGCUUUGCUGCCCCGCGUCCAGGGCCCACUAAUCGAUAUCCUUAGCCGGGCCAUUCCUCCGGGACUCUUUGAGUCCUCCAACCCCCCAAUUCCCGCGAGUGCGCUGCAACUCACCCACGCAGCCCUCGGCUUCCUCAAGAAUCUCGCCAUCCCUCAGACCAACAAAGUCCCCCUGGGCGCCGCCCUGCUGGACCCAGCUCACCCGCUACUCCCACGCCUCUGGACCUCAACCCGCACACAACCCCAGCUCCAAUUCACCGCCGUCUCUCUCACCCGUCUGCUCCUCGCCAACUGCCCUCCCAACAUCCACCACAUCUGCGCGCCCCUCGCCAGGAGCGACCCCAAUAAUCCAAGCCCAAGCAACUUGGCCCUGCUCACUGCAACGGCCGCCUCCGCCGACGAAGAUCCCAUCAAGGUAGAAGCCGCCCGCGCAGUAAGCCUUGUCUGCCGAGCCUUCCACACCUUCCCAGCCGCAGUGCUCCUGGAUCCAUCGUGGACCUGGGCUGAGUACCAACCCGCCACCACUGCCACGCCUGACGAAGGAAGAGGACGACAACCAGAAACGGAGCCACUCACCCGCUUCUACGAAGCCCACAACAAAUCUAACACCAUCAUCCCCUCCCUCCGUCACCUCCUCACCCACCCACGCUUCCCCUCGCUCCGCUCCGAGGCAAUCUUUGUGCUAGCGCUCAUGAGUCGUGCCUCGUCCCCCUCCAGCGCACAGGUCGCACUGCAAGUCCUGCAAACACCCCCUACCAGUAACAGCGCCGUCGAUACAUCCACAGCCGACCCCAGCAGCAGCAGCGGCAACGGAGCGACAUGGCAGACCCUGGCAAAAGCCAUGAAGGGAUCCGAGUCGGACGAGUUGGCAGACGUGUUCACGGAACGAGGAAGAGUCGAAGCCGUUGACGAUGGAGAAGUGCAGAAUGAGGGGAAGGACCAGGAUGAAAUUGCGGAUGUGACCGUCAAGAAACUGUCGCUGGAGCCGCAGCAGGUUGAUCCGCAGGGGCCGAAAGCGCUGCCUGCCAGGGUGGCCAAGAUGGACCGCGAGAACGCCAUGGUGCUCGUAGCUGAGCUGCUGAGGAGAUACCCCCAAGAGUUGUCGAGUAUGAGGCGGCCGCUUGAGGCACUGCUGAACAAGGGCGGGGAGCUCGUGAUGCAGGAUCGCAGCGGAACACAAUGA